AUGUCAAGAGCAUCUAUCCUCGAUUUGCCUGCUGAGAUUCUCAGCCAGAUCCUCUACAUAGUCGAGGAAGAGAGUCCCGCCCAUUUCAUUGCACCUCUCUUCACCUGUCGGCAGCUCUACCGUCUCACCCUUCCCAUCAUAUACCACGAUCUCAAGUUUCGAUACCCCUGCCACCCGCGGACAGAACGGCUGCACCGGUCCUUGCAGUCCAAUCCAGGCUUAUCCCUACUAGUCCGAUCUCUAUUCUUCGAUCUGCGGCCGCGGUUCCCCACCGGUCACGGCGCCGGGUCCAUUGCAGUCGAAGACUACGCGGCGGUCGUAGACGUGCUAACCCGGUGUCGCGCAGUCCACACACUGAAGAUAUGGGGCAUAGCGUUCUUGCCACCUGAAGCUCAGGAAACCUUUGUCGAAGUCGUUCCGGGUCAGGUGGUUGAUCUCAGCCGAUGGGAGCUCUUACAGCAUGCCCUCCGGCAUCUACCUACCUUGCGAAGAAUUGUGAUGGCCAGAGACCGAGAUUCGACCGGCUAUGGCCUCCAGUGCCGCUUUGACUGCCAAAUGCAAGGCUACGAGGACUUGCGUGCAUUGCCGGGCACGGGCGCGAGAGCGCUCUCAGCGGUCAGACAAAGAGUUUGUGAGUGCUGCGUGACCUCACAGGGUAGCGAUGGAGCUGUGCAGCGGCCCACGAUCACCGGUGGUGCGGUUUAUUUCAGCAUCGCAUUUGGACCGGGCUACACCGAAGAGGAGUCCGCAGAGGAAGCUGUGGACUUCGACCUCGUCUACGCCUGGCUGAGGACUCGUCCCCACAUUCUCCGACGCAUAGCCUUUGGGAGCUUUAAGACCCCGCCGCUGGGGACUGAAUUCCGAGCGACGGCGUGGCCCAAUCUGCACACGGUGAUCUGCCCACCCUAUCAGGUACGGCAAGGUUGGUAUGGCGCGUACGAAUCUCCUUCUGCUGCGGUCGGUCGGCUGCUUAGCCCGACCGUGAAGACGUUUGUCUUUGACUUGACCAGCUAUGACCAGCAGCAUGGUGCACAGCUAACUGAUUUCGGAGCGCUGGAGGAGCGCUGGCUGCGGACGUUCGCCGAGACCGCCGCCGCCCCGGACCGAAGCACGGCGCUGCGGACGAUCCGCGUCAUUUUCGAGCCAGAAACAUACCCGUACCAUGACAAAUGGGAGGUUUAUCCUUGGGAUCGAAUCAGGCAGGUGCAAGAGGACAUACGUCCACUGGGAUUGGAUCUAGAGUAUUCAACCCCGACAAUAACGCGAGAGGAGUACCACGACGCUUGGCAGAGGAAACAGGAGUGGCUUGCAAGCGAAGAAUAUCAGCGGGAGAUGGACAGAAUCAUAGCGGCAGUGGCAAGGAAUAGAAGGCUGCCUGUCUCUGGCUUGGAUCGGGAUGAAGGCUUGACACAGGAAUAG